AUGUCGCUACUUAGAAUUAUUCUUAUUAUCAUCUUUCUGAGAUUAGUUUUGCCUUAUCCUCAUACAAUCAUCGAGCAAUUGACUGUGGAGCUGAAUAUAAAAACACAUAUUUAUUUCGGCUAUACUAUGGAGACUUUUGAAGGAUUAAGUUUAAAUACCAACCAGCCAAAAUUGUUAGUUUUACGCAAUAUAAGUGAAGAACUAAAAAACCAACACGACGAACCAGUGCUUGUUAUAAUAAAAUUGGAAAAGGAUUUAGACUUUAAUCUCAAAACAGUGGAGGUGAUAAGAUCCUAUUUCACAGAUAGACAAUACAAUGAUAUAAUGCUUAUAGAUACAGAUACGAAAAAGGAAACCAGUUAUAUGGAAAUCGGAAAAGCUUACUGGGAUGCAGGCUUUCCUUAUUUGUUAAUUUAUAAUUCUCAAGAACAACUUUGGUCAAUAAACCCUUAUCCCCACUUGGAGAUAAAACCGACAGAUUUAAAAGGGUAUGUGAAAAAUAGAAAUAAUGCGAAUUUAAUGGGUUACUCCAUGCGUGUUUUGGUGACCAACGAUCCACCGCAUUGCUUUGUGGAUGAAGAGGAAUCAGCUUAUUCACCAAAUCGCUACAAAGGCAGUAUAAUAAAUAUUUUGAAAAUAUUUGCCGAUCAUCUGAAUGCUACUUUUCAAGCGGUUCCUUUUCCAGAACUUCGACGCUAUUCUACCAAAGAAUGCUUGCAGAUGGUUAACGACAAUAAAACCGAUGCAUGUGGGAGUAUUUUCAUAAAAACCUACCAAUAUGCCACCAGUCAGCCAGUUCGCUUGAAUCGUGUGGCUAUAAUGGCGCCCUUUGGCAAUCCCAUCGAGAAGUUCUACUACUUUUUUAGGCCCUUUGACCUUUACGUCUGGAUCGGUACUGGUAUGAUAGUGGUCUAUAUAACGACAAUGGGUUCUUUGCUCCAUCGCUGGCAUUUCAAAAACUGGGAUGUGGGUCAGUAUCUCCUGCUGGCCCUGCAAACUCUGUUGACCCGCGAAUUGUCUUUGCCGCAGUGUUCAAGUGGCUCCAAAUUGAUGUUGCUGCUGUUGCUCUUUGCCAUAGGCUUUAUUUUAUCUAAUUUAUAUGUGGCCCUGCUCUCCAUGAUGCUGACCACGAAACUGUAUCAGAGACCCCUGGAAAACUUGGCUGAUUUAAAAGCAGCCAAUGUGAAUAUACUGCUGCAAACGCACAAUAUCAAACCGAAUUCCGUUUAUGGCAGUUCAGAGGAGUUAAGGGAGAGAUUUCUUCUGGUCGAAGAAUCCCUGCAUAAGAAGAGAAGAGAUGGCUUGGAUCCGCAUUACGCCUAUGUUGACUCGGAGGAUAGAAUAGACUUCUAUCUAUAUCAACAGAAAUUCCUGAGAAGGCGCCGAAUGAAGAAGCUUUCCAAUCCCGUGGGUCACACUUGGGCAGUUCAGGUUAUCAAACAGAAUUGGGUAUUGGAAAAAUACUACAAUCAUCAUGUACAGCGUUUGUUCGAGACUGGCUUGCAGAACAAAUUGGUGCAGGAUGUCCACGAAUUGGCCGUUAGAGCUGGCUUCCUGCACUUCCUACCCACCCAAACUGAAACUAUCGAACCGCUGCGACUCGAGGAUAUUGUGAUGGCUGCCAUGGUCUUGGGCGGCGGACACGCCCUCGCCGGAAUCUGUUUCCUGGGCGAGCUGCUCGCCUAA